AUGAUGGUUUCGGAUGACUCAGAAAGUCAGCUUUAUGGGAGUAUGCGGCAGCUGAAGAUGAGGUUGGAGUAUCUGUCCAGCAUUGACACCAAUGAAGCUUAUGAUCUCAAGAAAAGCAUCAAUGAGAUGCUAAACAUACAAGUAUCAGUCAAUAAUGAACUGAAGAACUUGGAGCAGAAGAGAUUGCAGCUGAAGGAAGAAAUUGCACAAUAUAAUCAAAAUCUUGAGAACUUGAAGGUGCAGGUUUCCACCCAGCAAGCAAUACUUGGUCAAAUUGACAGUUCUAUUAAACAGGCACAGUUGACGAAGUCUGAGCUUGACAAAUUUUUACCUCGUCUCUACUACCCUGCUCGUACCCUUCGUCCCCUGGAGGUUGACCCUGUGUUUCCAUCACCAAACACAACCCAUUCCCUCAGCUGCAAAAUGCAUCAUUGCUUUGACUAUGCAAAGUGCUCUUUGACUGGAGGGAUGCCGUUUCAGUUCCAAGUAUUCCCUGAUGGUGAAGAGCAUAUACUUGCAAAGAAAUUUGUCAGGGCAGCAGCCUUGGAGGUUGGCUCCAUAUCUGACAACAGCAGUGUACCUGUGAAAUGUGUGAAUUUUGUAGUUCUUGAAAAUCCAGUGACUCCUGAGAUUUGCUCCAUCCCUUCAUGGAAAGGUGAUGGAAGAAACCACAUCCUUGUCAUGAUUCAGGAAGAUCUCAUUCCCAGAAGUGUGGAACCCAUAGGACGAGCAAUGAAUGCGCAAAGCUAUGCCACUGAGUGGACUUUUCGGCCUGGCUUUGACAUUGUGAUCCCUCCUUUGUUAUCAUCAGUUGAGGAUGAUUUGCCCCUCAUGUCACCUGCACGACGUGUAAUGUUUCUCUCCUUUUUGGGAGAAUUCCUUCCAACUAAUGAUAGUGUGGUAGAACCUCAAUCCAAAUCAGAAAAUCAAACUAUGGGGGUCCAAUCCAUGAAUUCCAUUGCUCAUCUCAUCGUGAAUACAUUGCGCAACCUCCAAGGUCACACAACUGGUGAUAGAUUUUUGUUCCAAUUCAAGUGUUCUCCUGCAGAUCAUGACAGCUACUUCCCACUUCAGUCAGACUGGAAGUUGUGUGGGUCUAGAACAGUCAGGCACAAGGUGCUACGUGACUCAACAUUCUCUCUCAUUGUUGCUCCACUGAAUGACUCAAUCAUCACCACCCCAACCCUGAUCUAUCGCCUUGUAGAGGCUCUGCAGUUGGGUGCUGUACCUGUGAUAAUUGGAGACCAUGUCCAGUUGCCAUUUGCUGAGACAAUCGCAUGGAAAAGUGCAGUUGUGGUCUUGCCUAUUUCACGCAUCACUGAGUUGCAUUUCUACUUGAGGGCAUUUUCUGACACUGAUAUUUUGGCCAUGAGACGUCAGGGGCGUAUGAUCUAUGACACAUACCUAUGCUCAUUGGGGGCAAUCAUCAAGACCUUGGUUGCAUUGAUGAGAUACCGUUUGAACAUCCCACCACUCCCUGUGCCAGAGGCACCCAGCCCCAGUGCAUUUAAUGCCUCUUUUGUUCCUCUGAAAACAGCUCCCAUCCUCCUUGGUGAAGAACCAGAUGAAGAUUUGGGUCCCAUUGAAGUUGAUAUCAAUCCUCUAGUGCCUCCAAGUCCAAAGUUUAUGCGCAACUUCUCUCAUCUGCUGCUCAAUAGGCAUGAGAUGUGGAAUGUUUAUUUUGAUCCUUUCCAUUUGUAUCCCACCUUGCCCUUUGAUCCUUUGCUUCCAUCUGAGGCUAAGUUUACUGGAUCAGAGCUUGGAUUCCGUCCUAUUGGCAAUGGAGCAGGUGGCUCAGGGAAAGAAUUUGCAGAAGCACUUGGUGGCAAUUAUCCCAAAGAGAAAUUCACUAUUGUGAUGCUAACUUAUAAAAGAGAGCAGGUCAUGAUGAGUGCACUUUCUCGGCUGCACAGUUUGCCAUACCUCCACAAGGUGGUAUUGGUGUGGAAUAGCCCUGACCCUCCAGCUCCUACACUUCGUUGGCCUGAUAUUGGAGUUCCCAUUCAUGUGAUUUAUACAGGGAAGAAUAGCUUGAACAACAGGUUCUUGCCAUAUGAAGCCAUUGAAACCGAUGCCAUUCUCUCCAUUGAUGAUGAUGCCCAUCUUCGCCACGAUGAGAUCAUCUUUGGCUUUAGAGUGUGGCGAGAGGCCAGAGAUCGUAUCGUGGGAUUCCCAGGACGCUUCCACGCAUGGGACUUGAACUAUGGAGGAUGGAAUUACAACUCCAACUACUCUUGUGAACUUUCGAUGGUUCUGACUGGUGCUGCUUUCUUCCAUAAGUACUAUGCCUAUCAGUACUCCUAUGUAAUGCCUCAAGCCAUUCGAGACAAAGUGGAUGAGUUCAUGAAUUGUGAAGACAUUGCCAUGAAUCUUCUUGUGUCUCACUUGACUCGCAAGCCCCCCAUCAAGGUUACAUCUCGCUGGACAUUCCGGUGCCCAGGCUGUUCGCUGAGUUUAUCAGAGGAAGAAUCCCACUUUGAAGAGCGACAUCUCUGUAUGAACUUCUUCACCAAGAGAAGCAAAGGAGGCUCUGGGAGUUGUGGACGUAUCUGCACCAUCUCAAGAAAGGACUCGAAAGUAGACUCAGGGGAUGGAGAUCAGGUUGACAAGAAUUCAACAAUUCCAUUCAGAGAGAACACAAUACAUGAUGAUUGUCCUCUGAAUGUGAAAACUCUUGGUCGAAGCUCCUGGAACCUCCUCCAUACAAUGGCUGCAUAUUACCCGGAGAAGCCGACUGAAACUAUUCAAACUGAAGCUAAUGCCUUUAUGCAUCUCUUCACCUACCUCUACCCUUGCUUCCACUGUUCACAGGAUUUCAGUGAAGAACUCAAAAGGCACCCUCCUGAUGUGACUUCAAGAAAAGUCUUCACAAAAUGGCUUUGUGAUCGUCACAACUUUGUGAAUGAGAAAUUGGGAAAGCCCAUGUUUGACUGUGCCUUAUGUCACGUGCUAAACUUCAACUUUAGCCUUACCUUUCCAAGUCGCAGCAUGGACGUCGACGUUGACCAAAGAAUCAGAGAUAUUCAGAGGGAGUAUCUUAACUUCUUGGAUGACGAGGAUGAUCAAGGCAUUUACUCUGAGCUUGUGAAGGACAUGAUCACCAACAAGAAUGUUAGGUUGAUUGUUGACAUCAAUGAUCUGAGAAGGAAGCUUCCCCAGAGGGCUGCUGGGUUGCUUGAAAAUGCUUUUGAAGAACAAGGAGCAUUUCAGAAAGCCCUCAUGGAAUUUGUUGCUGCUGCUGAUGCAACCUAUGCAAAGGACCAUGAGGCAUUCUUUGUGGGCUUUGAGGGAAGUUUUGGGUCCAGGCAUGAUGAGGAUGGCAACCCUUUGGAAACAGAAUAUGGCCUUUCCACUUACAAGGAUCACCAGACACUCUCCAUUCAAGAAAUGCCUGAAAAAGCACCAGCAGGUCAGUUACCACGCUCUGUGGACAUCAUUCUGGACAAUGAUCUGGUGGAUGCAUGCAAGCCUGGUGAUCGAGUGCAGAUUGUUGGCACCUUUCGUUGCCUCCCGAGCAAGCAGGGUGGCGUCACUUCUGGAUCUUUCAGAACGGUGCUGAUAGCAAAUAAUGUGUGCCUGCUGAGCAAGGAAGCAAAUCCUUGUAUCACAGCUGAGGAUGUGAGGAAGUGCAAGCGUUUUGCCAAGUCACAUGGAGGUGCUGUAUUUGAUAAGUUGGCUCACUCCAUAGCACCAUCCAUUCAUGGCCAUGAGUACAUCAAGAAGGCUGUCCUUUGCAUGCUCCUUGGUGGGCUGGAAAAGCAUCUACCAAAUGGGACAAGGCUCAGAGGAGACAUCAACAUCUUGCUGAUUGGAGAUCCAAGCGUGGCAAAGUCUCAGUUGCUUCGGUAUGUCUUGCACACUGCACCAAGGGCGAUCACAACAACUGGUCGUGGGAGUUCAGGUGUAGGUCUCACGGCUGCAGUGACAUCUGACCCAGAAACAGGAGAGCGCAGAUUGGAAGCCGGUGCCAUGGUCUUGGCUGAUCGCGGUAUUGUCUGCAUUGACGAAUUUGACAAGAUGAGUGAUAUAGAUAGGACAGCAAUUCAUGAGGUUAUGGAGCAGGGUCGAGUCACCAUCUCCAAGGCAGGGAUACAUGCACAACUGAAUGCUCGGUGUUCUGUCCUUGCUGCUGCUAAUCCUGUUUAUGGAAGGUAUGACCAAUACCGUGCACCCAUGGAGAACAUUGGGAUGCAAGAUUCUCUCCUCUCCCGUUUUGAUCUGCUUUUUAUUGUACUGGAUCAAAUCGAUCCAGAGAAUGACCGCCGCAUAUCGGACCAUGUGCUGAGCGUCCAAACCUUUAGGGGCCCUGGAGAGCAAGAUGGAGAACCAUUGCCUUUGGGUUUGGGAGUGGAUAUCCUUACAACAAGGGAUUUGGAAAAGGAGGAUCGAGGGACAGAAGGCACUGUUAUUUAUGAGAAGCAAGAUCUCAUUCCAACAUCUGGAAAAAGGGACCAGAUUGUCAGCCUGGAGUUCUUGCGCAAGUACAUCCACAUUGCUCGAGUUCUGAAGCCCCAGCUUACAGAUGAAGCAUCAGAAGCCAUUGCCAAUGAAUAUGCCCGUCUCCGCUCAUAUGAUACCGAGAGCAGCGAUGUGGCUCGUACUCAACCAGUGACAGCUCGUGCCUUGGAAACCCUCAUUCGUCUUUCCACAGCUCAUGCAAAGGCUCGUCUAUCCAAGAGCGUUGAGAUUCAGGAUGCUAAAUCUGCUAUUGAGCUUGUCCAGUUUGCCUAUUUCAAAAAGGUUCUGGAGCGAGAGAAGCUAUCUCGAAGCAGAAAGCAAGAUGAUGUAGAAGAUGAUGAUAUGGCAGAUGAGAAUGAAAGCCAAACAUCUUCACGCAAAAAGAAGGGUGGGAGACAAGUGAGGGGAUCCCAAGUUAGUGAUCCAUAUGAGUUCGAUGGGAUGGAAGAAGAGGAAGAGAUCCCCCCUUUGAGUCCAAGCAGCGGGACGAGGACGCGGCGUGGGCCUCGUGCCGUCCGUGACGAGCCCAUGGACAUUGUUGCCCCUGGAGAGAAUCUCGAUUCUCACUCCCACAUCCAACCUGCCAGGCUAAAGGCGUUCAAGGCAACCUUGACUCGAGUGUUCCGAGAGCGUCGGGCCCAGCGCCUACCUGCAGAGGAUGUCAAAGCCGUCUUGGAUCUGGAGUACACUGGACCUGAUGCUUUCACAACAGAAGAAGUAAAUGAGGCUCUCCAGAAAAUGGAAGAGGACAAUCAAAUCAUGCAGGCCAAUAAUUGGGUGUACCUUAUCUGAUUGAUGUUCCCAAUUUUACAUGCUGUUCAUGUCGUGUUUUGUACUUAUUCAA